CUCUCACCAGAGGCCCUCAAGCCCCGCCCCUGCGGUGUGCCCCGCCUGCUUCCUGCCCAGCCCUGAUCCCAGCCUGGAGCACUGGGUGCAGCCUACAGGACACAGAGGUGCACACGCGGGCCUCCUUGGAGCAUGAGGCUGCACCAAAGGGGCGCGCGGCUCGGCCCUGUGGUCUGCGGGCUCCUGCUGCUCCUCGACCCGGGUCAUGGCCACGACUCUGCCAGCCCCAUCCGGAACACACACACGGGGCAAGUGCGCGGGAGCCUGGUCCACGUGGAAGGCACCGAUGCGGGCGUCCACACCUUCCUGGGAAUUCCCUUUGCCAAGCCACCUCUGGGGCCGCUGCGGUUUGCACCUCCUGAACCUGCUGAAGCUUGGAGUGGAGUGAGGGAUGGGACCUCCCAUCCAGCCAUGUGUCUGCAGGAUGCAGCUGUAAUGACCGUGGCAACCGAGUUCCUCUUUAACACGGCCUUGCCUCCCACCCCCGUGUCGGAGGACUGCCUGUACCUCAGCGUCUACACACCGGCCCACACCCAUGAGGGCUCCAGCCUCCCUGUGAUGGUGUGGAUCCAUAGUGGCGGGCUGACUUCGGGCAUGGCUUCGAUGUAUGACGGUUCUGCGCUGGCGGCAUUUGAGGAUGUGGUGGUGGUCACCAUCCAGUACCGCCUGGGAGUCCUGGGCUUCUUCAGCACUGGAGACCAGCAUGCCACCGGCAACUGGGGCUACCUGGACCAAGUGGCCGCGCUGCACUGGGUCCAGCAGAAUAUCGCCCACUUUGGAGGCAACCCUGCCCAGGUCACCAUUUUCGGCGAGUCUGCAGGUGCCAUAAGUGUGUCCUCACAUGUGCUGUCACCCAUGUCCCAGGGUCUCUUCCACAGAGCCAUCAUGGAGAGUGGGGUGGCCGUGCUGCCUGCCCUCAUCACCACCUCAUCGGAGGUGGUCUCCACAAUGGUGGCCAACCUGUCUGGCUGUGGCCAGGUGAACUCCGAGGCCCUGGUGCGCUGCCUGCGGGGCAAGAGUGAAGAGGAGAUGCUGGCCAUCACCAAGGCCUUCAGAUCCAUCCCUGGCGUGGUGGACGGGGCCUUCUUGCCCAGGCACCCCCAGGAGCUGCUGGCGUCAUCGGACUUCCGACCCAUCCCCAGCAUCAUUGGUGUCAACAACGAUGAGUAUGGCUGGAUCCUCCCCAAGGCUCAUCAACCCCCCCAGAACACACGGACCCUGGACUCCCAGAAGGACGUCGACCGAGAGGCCAUGCGGGCCAUUCUGAGGACAUCUUUAGCACAGUUGAUGCUGCCGCCUGAGUCUGGGGACGUGUUGAUGGAGGAGUACAUGGGGGACAGUGAGGACCCCCAGACCCUCAAGGCCCAGUUCCAGGAGAUGAUGGCAGACGGCCUCUUCGUGAUGCCUGCGCUCCAAGUGGCCCAUCUUCAACGACCCCACGCACCCGUCUACUUCUAUGAGUUCCAGCACCGGCCCCACUUCCUAAAGGACAAGAAGCCGCCCCAUGUGAAGGCUGACCACGGGGAUGAGCUGGCCUUUGUCUUUGGGAUCUUCUUUGUAAACCGCCAAGUGCCUCUCACUGAGGAGGAGGAGCUGCUGAGCAGGAGGGUGAUGAAGUACUGGGCCAACUUUGCUCGCAACGGGAACCCCAACGGCGAGGGCCUGCCGCACUGGCCCGUGUUCAACCAGGAGGAGCGAUACCUGCAGCUGAACGUGCAGCCUGCAGUGGGCCAGGCCCUGAAGGCCCACAGGUUCCAGUUCUGGACCCACACCCUGCCCCAGAGGGUCCAGGAGCUAAGGGGCUCUGAGCAGAAGCACAUGGAGCUGUAGCUGCCAGUGUGGAGGUGGGGGAUAGGGGCUCCAGUGCAGGUGGGGCCCCGAUGCACUCAACACAUCCAUGGAGGUGCCAUGCAUUCAGCACUCUCGUGGCCACUCAGUCCUGCUGGCCUCCCUCCACUCAGCAGAUUGUUGUAGAGAACCCACGUCUUGAGGUUCAUUGCCAAGCCUGCCCUGGGGCCCCUUGUGUGAGAAGCACCCAGUACACCUCCAUGGAGCCUGUUUGGGCAACACCAGUGCCUGCCCAGCUUCCUCAGCACCCACUGGGCCAUGGGCCCCUCCUGCUUCUUUCCCCCUCCACCUUCUCUACACUCUCCCCCUCCUCUCCUCCCAGCCCCAGACCCUCCCACAUGGAGGGAGCUGCGUUGGGGAUUGUUGCCCACUCCUGGGUGCCUAAAGACACCUCCUCCUCCUCCCAGCAUGCCCUGUGAUCUCAUAUCUCUCAGUGGCCACAGAGGACCUGGACUCCACGAUUCAAUGUGCCUUCGUCCCUGCAGGCUGCCAUGUGUGGCGCCCUCAAUCCCAUCCAUGCAGCACAAAUAAAGGGUUCCAGGCCUUUCA